ACCGGUCUGACGGCCGGCAUCUCAGGACACUUGUCCCGAGAACGUCUGUCACCUGUCGUGUCCGAUUCCGACGUCUUUUGUUCUCUAAUCACCGCUGGCGGAGAAAUUGACUAUAAAAUCCGGUCCCGACAAACGCUCCAGUCAUACCUCUGUUGGUUUCCACUGACAGCACAUCGACUGACAUUCAGCAGAUCUCAACACGAACGUGACGAUAUGGAGAGAACAGACAGCCUUCCCCGCAGCGCUUCCUACUCCGGGUCCCGAGCCGAGUGGAUCGCCAAACGGGCCGACGACUUCGACGCCAAGGCACGGUCGUUCCUGUGCGGACGGUGCGGCCAGCAGGCGGCCUGGGUCUGCCUGGACCCCGUCUGUGUGACCUACAACAGUGACAGAGUCUUGUGCCUGUGCGACAACUGCGACAAGAUGUUCCACCCGGCCACCAGCCCCGUCAUGCACAACCACCGCCGUCUGGGAGUCGCCCUGUACGUCUCCAUGCUGAUGCUGCACCGCUACCAGAAGGUCAUCGGCGCCAUGAUGACGAGGUCUCCGCACCACAGCCGUCCGUCCACGCCCGUCUCCACCGACGAGAGUGCAGUCACUUCAUCGCAGUCACCGCCAGUCUCCCGCCAGGUCGGACCAGUGCCGUCACCCGCCAGACCUUCGUCCUCCUCCCCGGCGCCGUCCCCCCGCCCGGCCAGCCCCGACAGUACGGUCAACACCAGGAAGAGACAGCGGUCUGGAGACGACUCGUCUGAAGCCAGCGCCAAGGUCAGCCGAACCGACACCGAUCGGUCUGGACACUUCUCUCUUGCCGCCGACCUGAGACCCAUCCACGACUCGUACGGCCGCAUCCUAGACCGCCUGAGGCAGGACCGCUCGCUGUCCGUCUCCGAGGGCUGCAGACACGAACCUUUCGGCAAGCUGACCCUGAGGAACUACGCCGCCAUCGCUGAGCUGAGGAUCGUGGACUCAGACUUGUACACCUCCGUGCUGAACUGCUACAUCCGGCGGGGCGACGGGACCGGCACGCUGUCGGGGUUCGAGCGGGAGUGUCGGCAGGUGCUGUCCGGGUUCGUCCGACAGGUGACCGUCAUGCGGGAGCGGAGAGAACUCUUGCCACGUUUCGACUCCUGCUAGGACUUUUGUAACCUGUACUGUAUAUAAUGGAAUUUUUACUGCUUUAUUGCAUUGAUAUUAGUGUUACAUUCGAUUGCUGUUUUUUGCUGGCAACCUUCCAAUUCUGCUAAGAGACGGUGACGGACAUUUUGACUUGUUCAAUUGAGAAGAAAAUUUUUUGAGACUCAGGUCAACAUACUUGGAACAUACCUUCCUUACAUGAAUUCCUGUUGUACAACAAAAGACGGAUACAUUUCUUGUCUAUUCACUAUCACUGCUAUGUUUUGUGUUGUCAGAAUAAAACAAUCGACAGUUGAAAU